CUCUCACGAGUUCUUUUCUUUCUUUCAAUGACAUGGCCGCAAGACGAAUGGACAUCUCAUCGCUACUUUGCGACAACAACGACGACGACAACAAUAACAACAAUAACGACGACGACGAGCAACAGUCCUCACCAUUAAUCUAUCAACCUGUCAUUCUAGCUCCACAUCUUCGUGGUAAACACGCACGACAGCAGCCUCAUAAUUACAUACCACAACCACGCGAACAGACUUCACCCAACAUGCCACCAAGAACCAUCGAUGCCCUCCUACACCAUCCAAGACAACAAAUUCAAUCUUCACCACGUCCAGAUUCAUCUCAUUCUCAUUCUUCGGUAAACGCUCUUUUAAAUCCAGUUCGUUCGCCUUUCUCAAUGUCACAUCCUCGAACAGGUCUCGACGCUCUCGUUCAUGCUGCUUCAGAAGAACGAAGGCGUAUCAGCGCAGGUUCAUCAACAAGCGAAUCAAGCAGCAGUCCAGUCAGCUUACCCCCUCCCCGCCCUUAUCCAUUCUACAUCACAGACGACUCACCUCGUCCACACAAGAGACUACGAGAAUCUCGCUCUCCAACACCACCCCAACGCUCACUCCCAAAUCCAAGUCCAACAGCAAGCGCUCUUAGCUCAAGUCUCACAGGCCCCGCAAUCCCACAUCUAUCUUCUCCUUCCAAUAUACCCCUGUCAGGCCCAGGAAUAACACCCUCAUAUUAUCAGCCUCCUCUGCAUCGUUCCCCCACACGCCAUUCUCCUGUCGUUCCUACCCGAAUGUCACCCAUCGUAUACGCAGCGAUGCGCUCUGAUGUCCCCCGUCUCGGCAGGGCGGUAUGGGAUGAAGAGGAAGUCGACGAUCACAGAAGGCGUGAGGAACCCCCCAGGCAUACAGAGUCGAGGGAGCAUAUAGAGGAUUACGAACUUCGGCACAGACAAGAGCUUGACCUCCGCCAGCGCCAAGAACUAGAGUUUCGCCAACCCGAGAUCCGUCAGCGCCCAGAACUCGAGAUCCGCCAACGUCACGAACUCGAACUCCGUCAGCGCCAUCCAAACGAUAUCGUUGUCAGACAGCGCGAAGAGAUCCUUCGACAUCAAGAGUUUGAGCGCUGGCACGGCGAGGGCCUUCUCCGCGCACAGGAAGAAGCAGCUGCAUGGAAAGUAGAAGAAAUGCGCGGGCGGCGAGAGGGGUUGCAUCAAUCCCCCCGGGAAGACUCCCAACGUCAGAAACGGGACAGAUCCUUACAUCGCCAGCCAUCUCUACAUCACCCCAAACGUGAAACCUCUCUCCAUCCCGCGCGCGAUCCCCUCCUCCACCCAGACGAUAUGGACCCUCGAUAUCGCGAACAGCUGUUGAGACAGCGCGAACAGGAGCUAUUGCGUCAACAAGAGGAGAAUCAAAGGAGGCAGGAGUUCGAGCGGGAGUUGCAGCGUCAAGAGCUUGAGCGCCGGCAGGGCGAGGAGCUUCUUCGACAGCGAGAAGAGGCUGCUGCUCGGGAGGUAGAGGAGCUUAAAUUGCGCCAAGAGCAGCGCCGUCGGGAGGAGAUGGCUUUGAGGCAGAGGGAGGCAGAGGCGAGGAGGCGCGAAGAAGAAGAGGCACUGAAGGCCAAGGUUGAGAUCGAACGCAUUCGUGCAGAGGCCGAGCAGCGUCAGCGGGAAGAACUCAUUCGCAAACGGCAAGAAGAGGAAAUCGAGAAGCGACGCCGUCAAGAAGAGCUCGAGAAACGGAGGGCGGAAGAGGAGCUCGAGCGCAGACGACAUGAAGAAGAACUUGAGCGCAGACGGCUGGAAGAGGAGACUGAGCGCAGACGCCAAGAAGAGGAAGCUGAGCGCCGACGCAGGGAGGAAGAUGUCCAGCGACGACGUGUUGCAGAAGCUGAGCGACAGCGUAUAGAGGCUGAGCUACGCCAACGUGCAGAGGCCGAACGUGCAGAAGCUGUGCGUGCUGAGCUUGAGCACCGUCAACGCAUUGAGCGCGAACAGCGCCGCCGAGACGAAGAACAGAAGCGCCAAGAAGAGCUCGAGCGGAUGCAGCGCGAGAUGACGUUGUAUCAGCAGCGCGAGGAAGCUUUGCUCAAGCAGAGAGAAGAAGCACGCAAGCUCCGGGAGGAGGAAGAACGUGUGCGCAAGCUGCGUGAACAAGCCGAGAGGAAAGAACGGGAAGACCUUGAGCGCAAGCGUCUCGAGGAGCUCGAACUACAGGCUCAGCGAGAAGAGGCUGAACGCAGGCAGAAGGAGGAGGCCGAACGCCAGCAUGCAGAGUUCGAACGCAAGCAGCUGGAAGAAGUUGAACGCCAACAGCGAGAAGCAGCCGAGCGAUUGCGACUGGCUGAAGAGGCUGAACGCAAGGAACGGGAAGCCCUCGAACGUGAGCAGCGGGAGGAGCUUGAGCGCCAACGAUUGGCGGAGGAGCAGCGUCAACGUGAAGAGCAGAUCCAACGAGAGGAACGUCAACGGGAGGAGCAGCGUCAACGGGAGGAACAGGAACAACGCCAACGAGAAGAACUCCAGUGGAAACAGCGUUCAGAAGCCCUGCGACGACAGCAAGAAGAGCUCGCGCUUCAACAGCAGCAGGAGCUCGAGCGCCGACAGCAGCUUGAGCAGAUGCAAUUGGACGAAUUCCAGCAGGAUGAAGAUGUAGACAUGGGUCCAGACGCUGUGGAAGGCGAGGAAGAGCAGCCACAACCAUCUACAUCCGGCUCCCCGGCUAUCCAAGCUUCGCCCCCAGCUGACGAUAGCGCUGAACGCAACUUGCCUCCAAUGUAUCGUGGCAAGGUAAAGGUACAUUCUCCAUCGCUCCCGCUUCUCCAACCAAGUAAGAUGGAGGAGCAGGAGGCGCGCCUUCCUUCUCCCGUCCACGCCACUGCACCUACCGCUACGGAAUGCCCGCAAUCCCCUUUAUAUUCAUCUUCCACUCGCGUGUCUCCUGCUCGUCCCUCCCACUCUCCCAAACACAAGCCCGACCCCUCUUCGAUGGAUGUGGAUGAGGAACUCUUGAGUCUCAUUGAGGAUCGCCCAUCACCACAUCACAAAGCCUCGCGUCCAAAACCCAAACCGUCGCCUUCUCCACAGCGCCCAUCUCCUCCAGAUGACGAGCUCAUGCCUCCUCCCCCUGCGGCGCCUACUAAAAAGAAGGCGGAGCCAGCAAAGGCCGGCAAGAAGAAAGGGAUGGCUACUCCCAAGCCUCCUCCGAAACCCAAACCUCCGCCGAAAGCGCGGGCAAAGCCUCCUCCGAAGACAAAAGCCAAGGAACCUACGCCGAAAGAUGUUCUCAAGAAUAGUCUCUUUGCGAAGCAUGCUGCUGCCUCACGGUCACGCUCUGCGUCUGUGAUGCCUGUCGACACAAAAGAAGAGCCGGAAGACGAGGACAGCGAGAGGGAGGAUGAUAAGCUCUACUGCGUUUGCAAAACACGAUACGACGAAGAUCGGGUCAUGAUUGCAUGCGACCGCUGUGACGAGUGGUAUCAUACGCAGUGCGUCAACAUGCCCGAUCUAGAGGUCGAUCUUGUGGAUCAGUUCAUCUGCCCGGUGUGCAUACAAAGUAACCCCCACUUGCACCUCCAGACGACGUAUAAGCUCCGCUGCUUUUUCGGGUUGAAGCAUACAGACCCAUCGUCAUCGAAUGCGUGCCACAAACCAUCUCGAGGCGCUUUUUCCAAAUAUUGCUCCGACGAAUGCGGCAUCAAGUACAUGCAGAUGCGUAUUUCGCAAUGGGAGCGUAGCGGCGGCAAACGUGACAAGCUCUGGGAAAGCGUCAAGAACGCAGAAAAGCGCGAGGGCGUUGUCGUCUGUGCGGACGUGAAGAUGGAGAUCGACAGAAAGCCAUCACCUGCACCUGUUUCUGCACAGAAGCGCAAGGCGGAGCGUGAAAUUGCAUGCUUGAAUACACGCCUCGAGAAUGUGGUGAGGGAGCGGGAGAUGAUGAAGCGUGAGAUGGAUAUGGUGCUGUGGAGGGAGAAGUUGGUGAAGCUUGCUUCUGAGCGUGCCGAAAGGGUGGAUGAGUGUGGGUGGGAUCAGAGGCUUUGUUUUGGUGAGGAAGAAUGGGAUGAUUUUGGUGCGGAGGUGUUGGAGAGCUAUGAGGAGAAGACAAAGGAGGACGGGUCAGAUGAUGUCAUGCAGGUGGAUGGCGUCGCAACGAGUCAUGGAGAGUGGUGGUGUACAGGGAAGAAAAAAUGCGAGCGGCAUGCAGGGUGGCAAAAACUACGCGUUGCCGAGGUUGCUUUCGAUAAAGAAACGAAGGAAACAAUCCUCACCACUCUCACCACUCGUGAACGCGAAAUAAGGAAAGGAAUCGAAGACAUAUUAUACCCACCAUCAACGAAUGCCUCUCAGACGCCGUCCAAGCCCUCACUUGCAGGUCCGCCACUUAAUGGCACUAGCAAACCUCGGAUUAACGGGGAUGCUGUAGAAAAGGGGAAGAAGAAGAAAUCUUAAUUCACGCCACUGUAUUUCUAAGACAUUUUUUCUUGUUUGUUGUCAGAGCAUUUGACGUCCCAUUUCGCUUUUUUUUGCAGUUCUUGAUGAUGGUAUUUUCGUCUUUUCUUGUAGCCCUGGCCUUUAACCGGUGAUACCGCACAUAUAUGCUAGACGACACAAUAAACCA